GGCUCUGAGAUGCUAUUGGUCACAUUCCUGAUUGCGUGAACGAACACGGAAGUGAGGCGUCUCUGUGAUGUGAUUUGAUCAAAAUGAUCGGAGAUCUGUUGAUAUUCGGGACCUUACUGGUGAAUGCAGGGGCUGUGCUGAACUUCAAACUCAAAAGGAAGGAGUCUCAGGGAUUUGGAGAUGAGUCCGGAUCACCGACAACAGGUGACAACAUCAGAGAGUUUCUGCUCAGCCUGCGAUACUUUCGGAUCUUCAUCGCUCUCUGGAAUGUCUUCAUGAUGUUCUGCAUGGUUGUAUUGUUUGGGUCUUGAUCAACAUUUGGGGCGACUGGACUUCCAUCAGGAUGCUGAUUUUCCAAGAAAGAUUCUAUAAACUUCUCCUUAAUCUGAGUUUGCUGUUCUUUUGGCCCUUUUAACUGUAAUUAAGCUGCAUUUUCUUUACAACCCGAAAUCAUAAAUCUGCUUCUGGCUGUACAGGAAUUUAUUAAUCGUAUUUAUUUUGUCUUUGAAGUUGUUACAUUUGUACCCUUUUUGAUCAAGAUGUAACUGCACGAGGUCCCUUGCCCUUGCUGGAUAUGUAUUGUCAUGUGCCCCUGUGCUUCUUUAUAGAACAUCAACUUUUUUUCUCCAGCCUGCCCGUUGGCUUUUAAAAGAAAUGGCAGGAUUGAAAAGGAUGGAUAACCUUCACAGGAUGAAAAAUGUUUUCAUGUAACGUACCUAUGUGUCAUCGUUAAGGGUCACGCACCACAGUAAGCAAAUUGAUCAAAGCUGGUGGAGAAUCUUGUGACUUGCCAUGAUCAUUUUGCUUAAUCAUCCCCUUUUCUCUUUUACUUAAUUACAUCUUCUUUGUACAAAUAUCUACAAAUUUACACACCAGCUCUUAUGCUCUAGUGUAGAGUAUGGUUGAGACAGAAUAUUUUAAUGCAGAUUAUAAAUAAGAAAAGAAGCCAUUUCCUUUAUUCUGAGGCAAAAGUGUAUAUAUAAAUGUCUCUCUUUUCUUAACUAAACAAAUACAGUUUUCUUAUCCAAUGUCUGUUCAUUUACUUGUAUGGUUGCGCUUGGCUAUUGUCACAAGGGAUGCAUGAUCCAAUUCUUACCUCAUUAUACAUUAAAUACAGUUUAUUGUUAAUGUCAUAAA